CAGGGAUUACAUUGCCGGGGAGCUUCACUGCGUCGCUACGCUUACGGCCAUACUGGUGCCGAACAGAAGUUCAGCGGAAAGAAACUCGGUGAAAGUUUAUUGAUUCCCCAUUUUAAUCAUUUCGCUGAAGGCCUGGGAAUGUUGAGACAUUGGAGAAGCUGUCACCGACUGAACCCGUUCUUGAGGUGGCCCCGGGCGGUGAGGGACCUGAGCCGGAGCAUUGUCGCAGCGCCCGGGGAGCCGGGCCCUUCCCGCUGGUAUUCCCAUUCCCAUCGGAAUCCAGCUGCCCAUUCCCACAGUCACUGGAAUCCAGCUGCCCAUUCCCAUCGGAAUCCAGCUCCCCAUUCCCACAGUCACUGGAAUCCAGCUGCCCAUUCCCAUCGGAAUCCAGCUCCCCAUUCCCACAGUCACUGGAAUCCAGCUGCCCAUUCCCAUCGGAAUCCAGCUCCCCAUUCCCACAGUCACUGGAAUCCAGCUCCCCAUUCCCAUCGGAAUCCAGCUCCCCAUUCCCACAGUCACUGGAAUCCAGCUCCCCAUUCCCAUUCCCAAUGGAACCCAGUUCUCCAUUCCCAUUGUCCCAAAAGUCGGCCCCUGACAACAGAACGGAGACCUGUGCGGAUUGGCUGUGCAUCCGGCUUCUGGGGGGACACUGCGACCUCGGUUCCACAGCUGGUGUUUGGUGGAAACCUGGAUUUUCUGGUGUUUGAUUACCUGUCUGAGAUCACCAUGUCACUGCUCGCAGCUGCUAAAGCCAAAUCUCCUAAUCAUGGAUAUGUGCCUGAUUUUGUUGAGGUUGCAAUGGCCCCAUUUAUUAAGGAUAUUCAAAAAAGAGGUAUCCGUGUAGUCUGUAAUGCUGGAGGUGUAAACCCUCACGCCUGCGCUGCUGCUCUACAGGAGGUAGUUAAGAAAGCAGAUCUGGAGUUGAAGAUUGGAGUUGUGACGGGAGAUGAUCUAAUGUUGAUGAAAGACUUGCUGAAAGAAGCUGGCAUCACAGACAUGGAUAGCGGAAGUCCUUUCCCUGCAACUGUUCAAAGUAUGAAUGCAUAUUUAGGUGCCCGACCAAUCAGCAGGGCUUUGGAUCUUGGAGCUGACAUAGUCGUAACUGGCAGAUGCAUUGACAGUGGCAUUGCUCUGGGACCUCUCAUUCAUUCUUUUGGCUGGAAACAAAAUGAUUUUGACCUGUUGGCUGCUGGAAGUCUUGCAGGUCACCUGAUUGAGUGCGGAGCCCAGUGUACAGGUGGAAUAUUUACAGAUUGGCACCGAGUUCCUGACUGGGACAACAUUGGUUUUCCCGUGGUUGAAUGUUCCUCUGAUGGGAGCUUUGUCCUUUCUAAACCACCUAAAACUGGAGGACUGGUAUCGUUUGGUACUGUUGCCGAGCAGCUUGCAUAUGAAAUAGGCAACCCCCGACGUUACCAAUUGCCUGAUGUCAUCUGUGAUUUCUCCCAGGUUACCCUGUUGGAAAUACCAGAUAUAGAAGGUGGAGCUGUACGUGUUCAGGGAGCCAGGGGAUUACCUCCAUCUGACACUUACAAGGUUUGUGCUACAUAUUUAGAUGGGUACCGAGCCACAGCUGUCUGCCCAGUGGGAGGAUCCCGGUCUGUAGAAAAGGGAAGAAGAACAGCAGAAAGCAUUUUGAAGAGGAUGCGACGCAUGUUCAAGCAGAUUGGCCUGGAUGACUUCAAAUCAGUCAAUGUUCAGAUUUUGGGAUCUGAAGAAACCUAUGGAGAACAAGCUGUAAAGAGGACAGAUUGCUGUGGCUUGGUUGUACAGAGUCCUCGUGAAGUUGUUAUUUGGCUGGCAGUUCACCACAUGCAGAAAAAAGCCUUGGAACUCUUUUCCCGUGAAAUUGCACCAGCUGGCACCGGAAUGGCGCCAGGUCUAACUGGAAUUGUUGGAGGAAGACCCAAGGUGUCUCCUGUUCUGAAGCCAUUCUUCUUUUUACAUCCAAAACAGAAUGUUACGAUUGAUAUAUUUCUGAAUGGAAAGCAUGUAGAAAUGUUUAAAGAAGACUUUAACUAUCCACCUUCACCUGCUUUAGAGGAAAAUAUAGAAGAAGAGGAUGAUCUAAAAGAUUUACCCAUUGGCCCUUGCAGUUAUCGAUUAGAAGAACUAGCCUACACCAGAAGCGGUGACAAAGGCAACUCUGCCAAUAUAGGAGUCGUAGCUCGACACCCUCUCUAUUAUCCUUACCUACGGAAAGCUGUGACUGCUAAGGCUGUGGAAGAAUAUUUCCAGCACCUAAUACAGAACGAAGAUUCUGACAGGAGGAUGGUAACCAGAUUUGACCUUCCGGGAAUCCAGGGAUUAAAUUUCGUGCUGAGAAACUCUUUGGGUGGCGGAGGCAUUGCAUCUUUAAGGAGUGAUCCGCAGGGCAAAGCAUAUGGACAGAUGCUAUUGGACUUUCGACUGAGACACCUUCCUGAUCUGAAGACUCUGAUAGAGGAAUAGCUGGUGUCGGGAGUGUGCAGAUCCCGCCUUCACUGCUCGAACACGCAGUGCUGCUUGCUGGUACACCUCCCAACUCGUAACGAAGAAUGCAUGCUGUACGAAGAUGCCCUAACAGUGCCUUCGCUUUCUUCUACACAUAGGAAGCACCACAUGAACCGCAAGAAAUUAAAACACGUCUACAUUUAGUCACUUUUUAAGCAUUCUUUGACUAAACGUUGUUAGCGUAUAAUUGAGAGCGCGUUUAUGUCCUUUAAUUAAAUAAUUAAUCUAUGUAUUUAUAUCGGGGUUUGUGUCCCCUGUAGCUUAUGUAAAUCGAAUUUGCAUCUUACGAAUCCAUCAUUAGCUUAUGUUAAAGCGAUUGUCACAGGGCCGCACACAUAUGUUACCAUUGUUUAUUAGGCGUUUUUCACAGAGCAGACAUGCCGUGGGCCUCCUAUUUCCUGUAACUGACCUUUCAAUUGCAGGACACGUCAAAUGUUAUUAAUUAACUUUAAAUAACUGAUGGAAAGCUGCGAAAUGCCCGAAGAAAGGCACAGAAAACGGUUCAGUGGGCAGAAUACUGCUAAUGACAAUGUUAAACGGCGCGGUCUCAUUUUGACCAAGCGAAAAGAAAGUCCAGUGAGACAGGCUCCAGCAUGGAGUCAGUGAAAGGUUAAUUUUGAAGUAGACUAAUUCCUCUGGUAACUGUGGUGUAGCUGUGGUGUAGGUGUCCUGGAGCAGAUAGUAUAUUUAAUCAGUAGAUCAGCUUGCUCCGGAACUCCAUGAAAACAAGUGCAGUUAUGUCUUAAUCAUUGAAUAAAGUGACAUUCGAAUUAGAUUCAAUACACUGCAAAUAGACAUAUAUCAUAAAUGUGAUUUAAACUGUACCAGGCGGAUUACUUCACUGUUUUACCAGUUACAGAAUCCCUGCUUUGUCGUGAACUUGAAAUUUAGGCCGAAGUGAUGGGAAGUUGGGGAUAAAGGACACAUUCCAUUUGAGAUGGGUGAAUUUGAAAGGACUGAUGCUAGAUGACAAACUUCUCGGGACUGGCAUGAUUCCUGUUAACGUUAACACUGAGCUACAGGAUCUCAGUGCUGAGGGAGGGAAUGAUAGACGGGGCGACAAUGUUGAUUCAUAAUUUACACUUAUAGUUUGCAGUUGUCCAUUAAACCGAAACUAAUUUAUCCGAAUUUCAGAAUCCAGGAUCCGCAGUAUUUUGUGUUCUAAACUAAAUCCGCUUUGCUUCUCCAUGAAGUACCCUGGCCCUCUUCAAUGGGCUAUAUUUCUGUCAACUUCCCUUUUGACGUGAUGAUUGGUGCUUUCUUCAAAUAGGCGGUUGAGAUGUGAUGAAAUCUGUUAUCCUCCAAACCACAAUUUCAAUGAAUAUUUCCAGUGGAAUUUAGCGGCGUUGGACCGUCGAUAAAAUUGAUAAAUUGAAACUGAACCUCAUAUUUUUGAACCUUUCUAGGUAUUUGCGAUCAGGCCUGUCUGCAACUUCAGAAACAGAUAGCCCUGUUGCUUUGCUCCGGCCCACGGAAAAUACAAUCUUUUGCAGGGCCUCCUUGGCCUGUAAAACUGACCAGAGUUUACCCACUCGGACCAAUUCCAAUUUAAAGUGGUAUCGGCUCCUACUUAGGACAUGGAACCCCGAUUUGAAUCUUAAAGGGUCGGGGGCGGGGGGUGGGGGGCUAGAAUCUGAAAGAGGCCUGGCGGAAGUCUCCUUUCAACAGAGAUGGUUGGAUUGGCAGGCUUUGCGAAUCGUAUUACCAUCCCAUUUACCCCGGUGAGUCUGCUUCUGUAAUGUCUGUGUGUUAGCAACGAGAAAUUCUCAAAACGGCGGAGACAAUUGGUUUACUUCAUUAUUCAGCAGCUUUUUAAAUCUAACAGCAAAACAAAUCGCACUGACUCUGUUUAACAUGUUUUAUGAAAUUUUAUAGACUACAAAACAAAAUCUACAACAGAAUUGCUAUCAAUCUACCACAAUAAGGGAUCAGGGAAAUAAACUUUAUGUAAAGUUUUUGAAAUUUAUUCUCGAGUUUUCUUUAAAGAUAAAUAUUCUUUAGGGGGCAUAGUCUAAAAUUUAAAGCCCUAUCUUACAGAAGUGAAGUCAAGUCAAUUAUACAUUUUAAAACGGAGCUCGAUAGAUUUUGGUGAACCAAAGCUAUCAAGGAAUACGGGGCAAAGCCGGGUACAUGGAGUUAGGCUGCAGAUGAGUCGUAAUCUCAUUGUGUCAGAACAGGUUUAAGGGGCUAAAUGGCCUCAUCCUGCUCCUAUUUCAUCUUCUGCACUGGCGGAUUCUGGGAAGUGUUGUGCCCUGCACAUAGUCAGAAUUGCCCAAUUGAAAUUUAGCUGAAGUCGAAGGUCUGGAUAAAAUGAUCAAGUCCGGGCCUUGGUUUUUUGAGUGCUGUGCGGUCAAAAAAUAGCAUCCUAAUGCCAAGUGUGCACCAUGUUUAUAUAGGCUAUUUCCAUUAUACAUGUAGAUAUAGAAAUUUAUCAUGAGAAAAGUUGACAAAGGUGUGACAAGAAUAGGGUUCUGCAGGUAGUCAAUACAUACAGGCAAAAUAUUUUUAAAAGUAUAGAUGGCGAUGUUGCAUGAUUUGUUAGCAAAUGGGACUGUUGAGUUACAAAUUUUGAGGCGAAUUUUGAAUUUUUUUAAAAACCCAUUGUUGUGGAAUGGUAUUAACUUAUGUUGAUUGGCAAUGACCAAUGCCUGGGAAUCGGUUGUCAACUGGUUGGUUUUCAAAUAUGAAGAAAAUGUUAAAGCAGGAUUUUUCUUCUACAGCCAUAUAUUAAGUCUCUACUGAAAUCAAUCACAAAAUAAGAUUUGCGCAUUGCAUCCAGUCUGGAUUGGACGUAGCCAGUGGACAUGGUCACUUUUACAGCCCGGCUGCCAUCCACAAGCUUGUCAGCGCCGGGCUGACCCUGGACAAGGAGCUUGCAGUGUCCACUUGAAGCCUCUGCGAGCAGUGGACAACGCAGGGACCGAACUAUGUAAUUGACAGGGGAAAUUACUUUGUUAUAAGUUUCCGUGGCUUUUUACCUUAGACACGCCCUUCAAAAAUGCGGACACUUUUUUUUAAUCUAAAUGACAAUGGGAUAAUCCGGUUUCUCCUUAGCGUUUUAAUUUAGAAAAGACACGUUGCAUUCGAACGACUUUUCUUCCAGUGAACCUUGAAUGACCAGUUCCCAUUUGAAUCAGUUCAACUGCUUGAAACUAAUCGGUUCAAUGUAUGGAACUGAUUUUGACAUGUAGAUGAUUACAGUUGCAUCUUUUUGGCUGUAAGUAUACUCGACAUAUUGCAGAAGAAUUCCAAAGCCUGAGAAUGACCAGACAUCUUUUAUGCGAUCAAUCAAACGACAAAGUCUUGAGGCAUCACAGGUGCCUUCAUAUUCCUUCACGGUAAUGUACCAAUUAACCCGUCUGCAUUCUUCAAUAUCUAGUAAACCUACAAUUUAAAGAGGGCUUCGGUGCAGGGGCAAUUACAUUAAAUGACGUGCUUAAAUCUGUAUUGACCCUGUGCGUAUGAUUUCUGGAGCACUCCAUUUAUCCCCCGCCCCGCGCCCCCCAAAAAAACAAAUGUAGGACCCCCUCCGGGAAGUAUGAAUGUGUCAUUCACGCUCGGGUAAGAUAUAAUCCAUAAAUCUCUUCAGGGUGUUUGGCUGUCUUUAAAAUAAAACUGUGAUGGGCGGAUUUUGCUUCAAGAGUGACAGUCUGCAGUUGCGGAAAAUUAGGUCCUUUUAUAUUCGAUUAUGAAGCGAAUCAAAACUCCCCACUCAUUUUGGUUCAAAAACGCUUUUCCUUCAUUUGCUCAAUUGUCCUGAAUUGAAUUGUGAAUAAAGUACGUUUAACAUUCAACAGCCCUAUUGUUUUCCCAUUGGAUAAUUACAUUUGUUUCUAUCCUCUCAAGGUCCGUAGUUGUUAGACAAAUGAAGUUCCUAAUUUUUUGCUUAAGCAGCAUUAAGAACCCCGUUUCUUGAUUAAUUAUGAAGCUGUAACCCAUUUUCUGCCUUUGGGAACAUUUAUUAACUGGGAACGUUGUAAAGUCGGAAUCACAGAUGACUUUGUCAAGUAUGUGACGUAUUGAAACCUCUGGAUUUCACAAUAUUUUCAAUGCAGUGAAACUUAUUGCAAUGUGUACACUGUUUAAUGGAAAUAAAAGUAUUACAUUAAAA